AUGGCCGUCAACGUUUACUCGACCAACGUCACGACAGACAACCUCUCGCGGCAUGAUAUGCUGUCGUGGGUGAACGAUUGUCUGCGAUCGCAGUUCACCAAGAUCGAGGAACUGUGCACGGGAGCCGCCUAUUGCCAGUACAUGGAUAUGCUAUUUCCCGGUUCCGUACCAAUGAAGCGUGUGAAAUUUCGCACUAAUCUCGAGCACGAAUACAUCCAAAACUUCAAAAUCCUGCAGGCUGCUUUCAAGAAGAUGAAUGUCGAUAAGAUAAUUCCAAUCGAUAAACUAAUUAAGGGUCGCUUCCAAGAUAACUUUGAAUUUUUGCAAUGGUUCAAAAAAUUCUUCGACGCAAACUAUGACGGUAGAGAGUAUGAUGCUUUACUAGCGCGCGAUAACCUACCGAUGGGUUUGGGUUCCGGUGCGGGUGCACCGAAAGGUAACGGCGUUUCGGCCGUUGCUCCGCCACGUAAAAUGGCAAUCGGCACUACCGCACCACGUGAUAGAAUCAAACCGACAGUGUCCAAAGUUGCACCCACCCGACAGAUGGUGCAGAGUCCGCCGAGCCGAAUCGGAGGUGGCGUCAAUGUAAAUACGAGCAAAUCGUCCUCCCAGAACAGUGUGACGAAUCAGCAGAUCGAGGAGCUUACCGCACAAAUGAACGAUAUGAGACUAAACUUUGAAGGUCUGGAAAAGGAGCGCGAUUUCUAUUUCAGCAAAUUGAGGGAUAUCGAAAUUCUCUGUCAAGAUGAUGAACAAAGCCAGAGUACUUUCGUUCAGAAAAUACUAGAGAUCCUUUACGCGACGGAGGAUGGUUUUGCGCCACCGGAUGAAAUACCGCCCGAAGAAGACGAAUACUAA